GACCUUCCAACUCUCCCCAUCCUCUUUAUAUAAUCCCAUUUAGGCGCUGAAGAAAUCUUAUUCUGUUUUCUACUUUCAUAACUCAAACCAAUAGAUUUUCUCUCUUGAUCUGUUAUUGAAACCCGAUUCUCUGUUACUUGGAUUUGUAACCUCCCUUUGCUUUUCAAUAUUCACCGAAAUCCCAAAAAUCCCUUAAGAGCCUUUGUUUUUCCUUUCGGUUUUGUUAAUUUUUGAACGUUCAAACGUCUGACAACUCUCGAAAUGAAUCGCACAUAUCCCGAAGAAAUGCUGGAAUUCAAGACGACCAAGAAGAAAAUGUGGAUGUUUUCUUGUUAGUCAUUUCAUCAGCAUAAACUAUCUCCCUAGGAUUGUCCUCUUGCGUAAUGGAAGCUAUAAUCAUAUCAGACAUAGCACUGAUCAACGCCAACAAGAAGAAAGUCGUUAACCAACAGAACUUCCCUCUGCAACAGCUCUCCUUCUGGUUCGCUCCCACCACACGUCCACCUGGUCUACGCUCUCUCACUUCUGGCUCGUAAAUUGAUUUAGGCAACAAAAAAUAAGAAGAAAAUUAUUUUCUUUUCUUGCUUUUUUAUGGCUUCUUACUCUUUCAACAACAACUUUUCAUCUGAGAAUUGUUACUCUGGUAUCUUUGAUCCAUUUUCGCCUGAUUUGGGACCAUGCAAUGGAAGUUCUAGUGGUGGGUCUUUGUCGCUGUCACAGUCCUUGGUUUUGUAUAGUGAGAAAGGAGAACUGGCGAAAGCGCCGGUUAAAGUAAGGAAGAAAACGGUGUCAGAAGAGAAUAUUAAAGCAGCUUUGAAGAGUCAUAGCGAGGCAGAGAGGAGGAGAAGAGAAAGAAUCAAUGCUCAUCUCGAUACACUCCGCACCCUCUUGCCCUGCACCCAAAAGAUGGAUAAAGCGACAUUACUUGGUGAAGUGAUUAUGCAAUUGAAAGAAAUGAGGAAGAAUGCAACUGAAGCCAGCAAAGGUCUACUUGUUCCGAUGGACAAUGACGAGGUAAGCGUUGAACCAUGUAGUAUCGACGAAGCCGAUGGGAUGGUUUCAUUUAAAGCAUCCAUCUGUUGUGAUUAUAGACCUCAACUUCUGACUGACCUACGUCAAGCCCUCGAUGCACUUCCCUUUUCAUUUAAGAUUCUCAAAUCAGAAAUAUCGACAUUAGGAAGUCGAUUGAAGACUGAUUUUGUUUUCACAGCCGGCUACAGCAGUGCUGCACAUGUCGUCGACAACCAUGGUGACGCCGAUGCCGAUGCAUGGCGUUUUCUAGCAUGUUCGAUUCGGCAGGCCCUGGAUUCUGUACUGGAGAAGGCUUCGACGUCACUGGACUACUCCCAAUUCUUGACAUUCCCGAACAAGAGGCGAAGGAUCUCUUACAUUGAUUCCUCAAGCUCGUCUUAACAUUCGAAAAAGGACUAGUCUUUCUUUCGUUUUUCGUUGAUGGACGGACAACACAACUCUGCAUGAUAUGCGGGUUGAAUUAAAUAUUUAAACUUUAAAAAACAUGUGAUAGUGCCCCCAAAAAAAAUCAUAUCGUUUCCAAUGACUUGUAAUAAAUCUAUAUUGUUCUAUGUAUGAUUACUUUUUAUCACGCCAAU